AUAACUUUUCUUCUCGACCCAACGGGAAGGAGCUUAUGACUCCACGACCUUUUAGAGCUGUUCAAAACACAUCUAAAAACUCUCCAAAACACAAUGACGGACAAGGCACGGUGGCAGGCUACUGUCUAUGUUGGCGGGCUAUCACAUAUGGCUACAGCAGCGGAUGUUCAUGCUGCAUUCCUUCCCUUCGGUGAAGUUGCCGAUGUUACAGUACCGAAACCAGAAGGACCAAAUUCAACCGAGCCUCACCGUGGAUUUGGCUAUGUGGAAUUUGAGGAUCCUGAAGAUACGAAAGCCGCUAUUGACAAUAUGGAUGGCUCAGAGCUGUUUGGCAAAGUGCUCAAAGUGAAUGCAGCUAAACCUCCUAAGAAUGUCAAUGAAGGGUUAGGUAGUAAGACGGCGUUGUGGGAGCAAGAGGGAUGGCUUGCGGAGAAUGCUGUUAGUGAAGAGGAUAGACUGGCAGCCGAGAGAGCAAAGUCUGGACCAGAGGACAGACCAGAUGACCCUAUGCAAGGCUUGGAAGGCCUAGAUGUAGCGGGACCAAAGCCAGCAUGAGUAGAAGUUCGGCGUCUCGUUCGUACCCGUGCAUUAUUGGGUGUUCAAGGGAGUCGGCAAAAUUCAUAGGAGUUCACAUAGAGAAGAUAUGAUACCACUGUUUUAGCACGUCUUGGGGAGUGUGAGACUCAUGUAUUGAUACCAACAAUGCUCGCG